CCAGCCAGCCAGGUGCGUACGCGCUGGCGGACAUCAACACCGAGGAAGAGAGUGGCGAGGAAAUGCUUCACGCCCUGGUGGCUCACAGUACAGCCAACAAAGACACGACGCCGCCGAUAGAGCGGGAUUUGCUAUGGGAAGGCAGGAAGCUGCGAAUGAUUCUGGAUACGGGCUCCCCAGUCAGCGUAAUUCCCGAGAGCGCUUUCAAAAGACACCGUAAACGGUGGCCGGCCCUGGAAACGACCCCCCUACGCUUGUCGUGCUUCCUGGGGCCGCUGCCCGUUGUCGGCAAGAUCACCAUGAGUGUACAGUACGGACAGACGCAGGUGCGCAGCUCGUUGAUUGUGGUGAACUGCCCAGGGCCGCUGCUUUGCGGUAGGAAUACGCUGCGGGCGUUUUACGACGCAGGGGCACCGCUUCUAGAAACUGGGGCACCGCUUGGGGUGAACAUGGUGCAGGCCGGCGCAGAGGGGCAGGACCUACUGGAAGAAUUUGGAGACGUUUUCGAAGAGAAGCUGGGGUGCUGCCAGGGCCCACCAGUAAAGCUGUACAGGAAGGAAGAUGCGCGACCCCGUUUUUGUAAGGCGAGGCCGGUGCCCUAC